AUGGUGCAAUCAAGGAAGUUCAGAGGUGUCAGGCAGCGUCAUUGGGGUUCAUGGGUAUCCGAAAUUCGCCACCCACUUCUGAAGAGGAGGGUGUGGCUAGGCACGUUUGAUACAGCGGAAGAAGCGGCACGAGCAUAUGACCAAGCAGCUAUAUUGAUGAGUGGGCGAAAUGCGAAAACAAAUUUCCCAAUACUCGAAACACCAAAAACCGCAGAAGAAACCCCAUCUAUCUCAAAGGAAAUGGAAGAGAUUCUUCACGCGAAGCUUCGAAAAUGCGGGAAACUUCCCUCCCCUUCUAUGACAUGCCUGAGGCUCGACACCGAGAAUUCCCACAUUGGAGUGUGGCAAAAACGUGCGGGCCAGCGUUCUGAUUCGAAUUGGGUGAUGAUGGUUCAGUUGGGGAAAAAGAGAGCCAAUGAAGAUGGUGAUAGUUCUCUACCUUCUUCUUCUUCGUUUUCUGAACGUGAACAGUCUCAACAAGUGGCAAGGCAAGAACUUGUGAGAAGGCAGAUGGAUGAGGAGGAGAGAAUUGCGCUGCAAAUGAUAGAAGAAUUGCUCAACAGAAAUUGUCCUGUUACCCUUUCAUUUAAUAGCGCUUACUGA